AACCGUGACUGGAAUAACUGUCGUGGAGAUGGGAGAUGAUUUCAGGGAAGAAUUUAACUCUUCCUGCCUUUUAAAUACGUCUUUUUUUUUGUAACAACGUGGUUUUCCGAGAGAGUAACUCUCGUGCAAACUAAUGUAGCCUCCCUUUGACUUAUUUAAAGAAGCUAACGUUAAGGCUGUGAGGAUUUAACGCUGAUUGAGUUUUAAGUAGAAUUCGUAAAUAGCAUCAUAUGUUCAAUUUGACUCCGAAAAACGACUCAGUUCACCUUUAUUUGUCUUAAUUUACUCAGAUAGUUAUUUAGUCGUGUUCAUUCAUUGCUAAAGCAUUUCACCGUUCCAUGCAAACUUUCCAUCUGCUUGCCAGUGUUUCGCAACAUUACAUGAGUCAUGCAGAAGACGUGCAUCCCCAAUGUCACCAGGAACAAUAAAUAGACUCAUAGAAGACUCAUUCAUGAUAUUAUGAGGUUAGCCCUCCGGGGAGUCUGGUGAAGCAAACAUAAUAUUUCAUCACAGAACUGCUAGCAUGCUUCUUGCACAGUUGUCUGUUUUUUUAAUGUGGCUCAGAUGUAGUUUCAGAUCCGUGGGAUAAAAUCAGUAUUGCUUCCGUUUGCAUUUAGUGCUUUUAUUAUAUUGUUAAUCUUGUGGUCUUCAUUAUUUUUCUCCAGCUUCUUCUCUGUCCAGGCAUUUUAAAGACAAACCAUGGAGGUUAGUUUGGCCGGUGUUGUGUCUCUCUGCAUGCUGGUGGUUAUCAGUGCUGAACCCUGCCUCAUCAUCAGUGAGAUCAACGCUGACAACCCAAGAUUGGACACCACUGAGUUUGUCGAGUUGUAUCACACUAGUGGACAGCGGGCAUCACUGGAUGGAUACACUCUUGUGUUUUACAAUGGGAAUGGAAAUGUAGCCUAUAAGGUCCUUGACCUGAAAGGUCAGAGCACGGAUGACAGAGGAUUCUUCCUGGUGGGCUCAGUGGACAUGCUUCCUAAACCGGCCAUCCUCCUCCCUCCCAACACGGUCCAGAAUGGCCCAGAUGCCAUCGUCCUCUACCACACAUCUGCUGCUCGAUACAGUGAGAAAAUGAACGUCACGUCUCACGGGCUGGUGGACGCUGUUGUGUAUAUGACUCGCCGCACUGGGGGUGCAGAGUUCCUUGCUGAAAUCCUCACCCCAGGGGAACCAGCCUUCGUCGAGGAUGAGACCACACUUGAGGGUGAUGAGUCAAUUGAGAGGUGUCUGUUGUCGGAAGAUCACUGGGGCUUUCAGGUGUCUUCCCCCUCCCCGGGUCAGAGGAACAACUGCACGGCACCUCUUACACCAGGAACCAUUCCUAUUAUCACUGAGCUGAAGCUGGGAGGAGGACAGGUGGAUGGUUUUGUGGAGCUGACAGAGGCCUCAGCUGCAGGUCCUCUGGCACUGGUUGUGUUAGAUGGGAGGACGGACCGGGUCAGUGUGAGUGCCAAUGUGAAUGCAGAUAACGCAAGGAAUGGAUUGAUCUCCAUCACCAUCGAGAAGAGCUUCAUGAAAGGAGAUGAGUCUGGAGCAGUGGCUAUUUACAGUGGCAGAGCAUCAGACUUCCCUGUUGGCAGCUAUCUGAGCCAGAUUCAGCCUCUAGAUGCUUUUGUGUUCGCUGGGCCUGGAAACAAGCCGAGCGCCAACCUCACAGAGACUCUCAUCCCAGGCAGACACCCCUAUCAACUCAGCAACAGUUUGAGAGAGGGGGGCUUCUAUCUGAGCCGCUGUGGUGUGGCCACCUGGACCAGAGACCCUGGUGUCUUCUGGGAGGCCCCACAAACUCCUGGACAGCCCAACCAGUGCCCCUGGCCAAAGAUCUGCCCUCAUAGUAUUGUGAUUCCAGGAGGGACAGAUUCCCCCCCUCACCUCCCACCUUGGGGAAACACUGACUUCCUGAUCAAUGAGCUGAACACAGAUACACCUGGUGCAGCUGAGGACGGGGAGUACAUCGAGCUCUGGCACCCAUCAGGACGCCGUGUGUCCUUGCAGGGUAUCUGGAUCCUACUAUUUAGUGCCCACAACAACAGGCCUUACAGAGAAAUCAGCCUGAGUGGACACUUCACCACCUCUAAGGGAUACUUCCUGCUGGGCAGUGACCGUUUGGUGCCUGCUCCAUCACUACGUUUGCCCCCUAACACCAUCCAGAAUGGACCAGACGCUGUGGCACUCUAUCGCAGCCCUUUUGGCCCACCUUCAGACAUGCAGAGAGGGAUCCCUACCAGAGGCUUGCUGGAUGCAGUUGUGUAUCGGCAGAGGGGAUCAGACAGGGAGGCACAGGAGCUGAGUAAGGCUCUGACGCCAGGACAGCUCCCUCUGCUGGAGGACCCAGAGGUACUGCCGGGCGACGAGGCUCUGAGCCGCUGUCGAGGCCUCUACCCCUACGACCUGUCUGCUUUCUCAGUGGCUCCACCCACCCCACUGAGGGAGAACAGCUGCCCCCGUCCGCCUCCAGCCCCUGAGGGUGUGGUCAUCAGUGAGGUUGCUAGUGGACAUUGGACCAAUCACAGUCAGCAGAGGGCCUUCGUUGAACUACAAGGCCCUCCUAUGACAGACCUGCAUGGCCUGGUGCUCACUGUGUUCGACCAGGAGCGCAGUGGGACGAUCAUCGCCCUUCCUCUGACCGGAAUGAUCGACCAGGAUGGAUUUUACAUUGUUGGGAAUGUCACAGGAGCAGAUCAGACUUUCCCAGAGGGCUCCACGGUGCCAGCACGUGGAGCGGUGGUCCUUUGCUAUGACUUGUUCAGUGUCUGCAGAGCAGGAACUGCACUGACAAACUCCAGCCUCAGAGAUGUUCUCGUUUUCAGUGAGAAGCAGCAGCUGCUCUCCUCUCUCUCCACCAGCAGAGGGAGACAAGUGAUCCCAGCUCUGAGGUCAGUAGAAGAUGGUCCUGUCUCACUCAGUCGUUGUUCAUGCUGUGAGGUGAGAAGCCCCUCCUCCUGGACAAGUUCCUCCCCUACACCCCACAGCACCAACAUCUGCCCGAGCUCGGCCUUCUCAAGUCACAUUGAUGUCUGUCUUGGGCCUCUUUCCAGUGACUGGCACGGGCAGUCAGGAGACUGCAGUGCUCUGAUCCAGGGGAAGAAAGUGGCUGAGGUGGCUGACUACCUGGAACAGAGGUGUCACUGUGGGAUAUCUGCCUUGUAUCUCCAAGGUGCAAAUUUUUCCUGUGUGUCUGGCUGGCUUCGGGUAUGGGGGAACAUCCAGGCGCUGUCGGACCAUCAGAGGACCCUAAUUAUCCAGACAUCACACAUGAGUCCUUCAUCUGCUCAGGGUGACGUGUGCUCUGCUCCAUCAACGCACAGAUAUACAAGCACAGCGUCGGCCCUGGGGUUACAGAUAGGCCUGAUUGUAGCCGUCCUCCUUCUACUAGGACUGGGAGCUGCUCUGUUCACAUAUUUCUACAGGAGGAGGCGUCCUCUGGACUAUUACACCAUGGAGCUGAGUGAGCACGCAGAGGGGCUGUCAGAUCUAUAAUCCAGGAUUUGAGUCACUGCAUCUGCACCUGGUAGUCCUCUUGUGUGUGGGAGGACUUCAGCAGAGAGACAGGGGUAGUUAAAAUUUCUAAGCUCCUGCUUGUUAUGGGGUUGUUUUAAAACGACCACCACCACAAGUGUCCAAGUGUCCUCCUUCUCUGUGCCUUUAGGGAAGACUGAUGAAAUGACUCUUAAAUGUCUGUUAACUGUGUGCAUCAAGUGUGACACUUAAGUCAUCCAAUCAGACAACCCAAGAGAUGAAUUUAAAAAAAAUAUAGAUCAUGUAAUAUUUUUCUAAAGACUGGUGUCUGUGAAGUGCUGGUUACUACUUUUAAAGAAGAGGGAAGAGAAAAGGAGAAUUUUGUCGAAAAUACUUGAGUACUACAUGGUCAUUUUUGUUGACUUUUUGUUGUUACUGUGGAUAAGAGUACAUUUUUAAAUUGAAACAAUCCUUCUUUAGAUUAGAUAGAUAGAUAGGUUUUAUUUGUUUUAACAUGCCAUUACCAGCUGGAACCACACAGAAAAAAUGGAAAUCUGACCAAAUGCAUUUGUCAAAUUUCCAGUCAAAAAUAUCUAAUUACAUUUUUAAAGCCACUUUCACAUGAAAAGUCCAAGCAAACAUCUUAUUUUAGAAAAAAAAUACUCUUGUACUGCAGCAAGUUAACUGCAAAUGCAAUCAUCACCACAUCACACACUAUCAGACACAAUCGAAGAUUCCUCUUUAUACAUUAUAUUUAGAGGGUAGAUUCUCUGGCUCACUCUGAAACUGGCUUGCAGCCUGGAGCAUGAUCAAGCCAGGGAGAAUCAAAGAUCUCUUAUCAUACGUUCACACUUAGCAGCUUAACUUGAUUUUAGCGUAGAGCUUUUAGUCAUUUUUUCUUCCAGAGUAUCACAACAACUUCUAACGGUGUGAAUCCACUGCACGCAUUGUCUCCAGUGAUACAUGGCCCUGCUUCAUCUUUAAGUAUUUUAAUUAGAACUGCACUUCAAGCUGUUUGUUUACUAAGCUUUAUUUCACCAUUUUCUUUGAAUGUUCAUUUGGACAUUAAAGGGGAGAAAAGCUGUUUAAAAGUGGUGCUAUGAGCCCAGUCCUCUCCCUGCUGCGUGAUGAUACGGUGCCGUUUGGGACGAGUGACAGAGAGUUGUUAAAGGAAAUUAAAACAAAACAAAAAAAAAAGAGUCAGGGUCUUUCACACUGAGUUUGUUAUUUUCCAAUGCCUUUUUUCAGAUCCAAUUCCGGUAAAAAAAAAAAAAAAGCCACGCACUCGAACCUUGCACACUGAGUUUGUUGUGUUUUAUUUGUAUUCAGUGCCAAAAUUCAUAGAUUGUGGCAGAUUGUUACACACUUUGAUGAGAAUUAGCACUGCUAUAAAAUCGCACUGGGUCCAUCCAACCGGACACAUCUUCAUACAGCACCAGCUGUGCCAAGUGUGAGAGAUGGAGAGCAACUUUAUAAUUUAGCCUGUACAGUGACUGUGAGAACAAACUUAUGCAUAUAUCUGUUGUGUUUCCAUAGAUGUUCACAUAAUAUAAAGGCAAAACACAGCCAUCUUAUUAAAAGAUGUCUGGCUUCUGGGUGCCAGCGUAGCUCAUUGAGCGUGAGCAGUAUUUAGUCCUCAACACACUGGUUGCAACAUUGAUUCCCAGUCUUGGCACAUGUUUGGUGCAUGUCUCCCCCAUUAUUUCCUGUCUCUCUUCAGCUGUCCUAUCAAAAUAAAAGGCAAAAUGCCUCCAAAAUAAUCUUAAAAUAAAAUAAAAUAAAAUAAUCUCAUGCCCACAGAUACAGUCAGUGGGACAGGCUGUGAUGACCUGGAUUGUUUUUUAGCUCAAUCUGAGCUCUAAUUACACAUUGCAAGGACAUGUUCAAAGAGUACUGAGAUAUGUGGCAACAAAGAUGAGGUCUCACUUUUUAGCAGCUUUUCUCCUCCAUUAGCUCAUAGUUGCAAUCAAGAUUUUACAGCACUAUCUAAAUUGGUAAGAAAAUCUUACAUUAAGACACUCCAGUGGAAUAUGCUCACCCAAUUAGCAGAUUCUUUUUACCUGUUAUUAGCAAUUCAGAUUUUGUUUUUUCAUUUUUUAUAUCCUGAAAGACGAUUUUUGUUUAGACUUGUAUGGUGAACAAGGCUUAAAAGAUUGAGAUAUUUUUGACUAGAAAUCCUAAAAUUACAUGUGCUUAGAUUUGAGUUAUGCUGUGUAGUGUUUUAACAGAUUUUUCUAAGAACAUGAUCGACUUUCUGAUUUGUUUACCAGCUCCACGCCGUAAAAUCUCGUCACUCGUAAGGCCUGAAUUUCUUAAAAUGUGAAAAUCUUCUGAUGAGUGUCUGUAACUGUCUGUAACCACUUUUGUGUGUGCACUAAAAAAAAACUGUUUACA